AUGGUCAGCCAGCCCGAGAAGGCUGCGCCCCGGCCCCGGUGUGCGGGAGAGAGCUACGAUGAGAAGUGUGAGCGGCGGCAGGAGACGAGGGAGAGCCUGCGGAGGAGGCACAACCUGACCACCUGCCGCCACCCCGGGAGGGCAGCAGAGGGGCCAGAACAGAGCCCCCGCCAAAGGGAGUUCCUCAGGAGGAGAAACCUGCCGAGCGAUGCUGCAAGGACACAGCUGGGACAGGACUGCAAAGCAGGAGUCCUCCUGGAGCCCUCCUCAAGGGUGGACUCCGGACCACCUGUCCGGCUCCAGCACCAGUGGAGCUGCCCCAUAUUUCCCCCUGCACACUCCCUGCUCAGCCUCAGCAUCCCCCUCAGCAUUUCAUCAAGAGUGGUCUCCAGGCAAGGAGCCUCUGUGAACACCCAAGGAACCCAGACCCUGACAGACCCAAGCACAAUGAUGAAAGACUCAAGCCAGCAGACAGACUGGGGAAUAGCAGUUUUUAAUAAGGAAAUGCUGCAGCUGUCCAACUACCUGAAGGAGGCCCUGCACCGUGAGCUGCUGCUCAAGCAGAAGAUGGUCAUUUUGCAGGAGCUCUUCUCCACACUGCUGCAAGCAUCAGAAAAAUCCUGGCAGGGUCAGCUGAACGAAGACAAACUGCAGUGUAAACUAAGGGCACUUGAAAACCAGCUGCAGGCCUGCACCCAGAGUUACUCAAAGGAGUGCAUGAAGAAAAUCCUGAUAGAGAUGGAGGAACAGAAGCAGACCUAUGAGCAGAAGGCAAAAGAGGCUCUUCAGAAGAUGCUGGAGGACAAACUUCAAACAGAGCAGCAGCUCCAAAAUGUUCAGAGAAGCCUGGCAGCAACGAGAGAGGAUCUUGCCUUCUGGAAAGAGCACUACACCACACUCAAAGAUGAGCUGACCAAGAUGACCACGGCGCACACCGAGCUGGAGAACAGCUUCCACGUUUUGCAAAGUGAACUGCAGCAAGUGGACACCCAGAAGGAGCAGCUGGGCCAGGCCCUGCGCAGCCUGCAGAGCGAGCACGCAGCCCUGCAGCAGCGAGCCAGCGCCUUGCGGGAGGACAACCACCUGAAGGCUCAGCACAUCACUGCCAUCGAAGAGAAACUGCAAAAAGAACAAAGCCAGAAGGUGACACUGGAGGCAACAAUCAGCCACAUGCACAACUUGAUACAGAACCAGAGCAAGGAAUGGAAGCCCCAGGAGGUGACAGUGCAAAGGAAAGACCAGGUUCAAACCACGCAGACCCCACCUCUCACUCUUGCCAAGGAAAAACAAAAUGCGCUGUUAGAGCACCCUGAGAAGAAGGAGGGAGAAGAGAAUCUGAAGGAUGAGGUGCAGAAAAGGACAUCCCAGCUUACAGCAAAGGAGAACGAGGUACUUACAGACAAAGAGGCAGCAGCAGUGACAAUUCCCUGUCACCGCAGUGCCCGUGCCUGGGCGAAGUGCUGCCAGUGCUGUGGGAGCCCUGCCAGCCUGGGUGUGUACAGGGGCGAGGGGAUGCCCCCUGCUAAGAGCCCCUCACUCUGCUUGCAGUGCAGGGAGCUGCGCUCUGAGCUGGAGGCCCUGAGCGAGGAGUACCGCUCCUGCCUGAGCAGCCUGCGCCAGUGCCGCCACGAGCUCAACCACUGCCACAGCAGGCAGGCAAAGAGACAGUGUGGUCACUGGAUCCCUCUUCUGGUGGCAGUGAUAGCAGUGGCCAUAGCCACCUUCCUCACAACUUACAGACCAUGAAGGACCUA